CCCCGACUAGUCUUCUUCCUUCUCUACUACUACUCUUCCCUCCGCCGCCGCCGCCGCCGUCGCCGUCAAGCAGCCGCGCGUCUCGUGUGCCGGAUUUGUAUCGGGGUGGUGGUGGAAGUGUGGGGGUCCUGUGGCGUGGGAUCACAGGGCCCUGAAGUGGUGAAGGAUGAGGGUGGCGGAGGGGGAGGAGCGCGCGCUGGGGCCGUCGCCGGAGGAGAGAAAGGAGGAGUUGGCGGCGAUACUGUACCCGAGCAGUGGUGACGAUGUGGGCGAAGAUGAUGGCGAUGAGACCGAUGAUGACACCGGCAGCGGCGGCGAGGGGGGUGCGGGUGUCAGCGGCGGCGAGGGGGGUGCGGCGGCUACGGCGGCGGCUGGCCGCGGUGUCGGUGGCAGCGGCGGGGUGCCGCUGAAGAAGGGGCCGUGGACGCCCGACGAGGACAAGCGGCUGCGGGAGUACGUGGAGGCGCAUGGCGAGGGGAACUGGAACCAGGUCCAGAGGAACGCCGGCCUCAACCGCUGCGGCAAGAGCUGCCGCCUCCGCUGGGCGAACCACCUCAAGCCGGACCUCAAGAAGGGGCCCUUCACCAGUGACGAAGAGCUGCAGAUCAUCGAGCUCCAUCAGCUGAUAGGGAACAAGUGGGCUAAGAUGGCCGCCCUUUUACCAGGCCGUACAGACAAUGAAAUCAAGAACUACUGGAACACCAGACGUAAGAGGCUUGAGAAACUCGGCGAACCUCUCUAUCCAAAAGGCCUUAAUAAAUUUAAGGUAGAAUAUGAAGAGGUGAACUGUCAAAGCCCUGAUGAAUCACGUGGCAAGAAAAGAACAAAUGAGGUUUUACUGGGAAAAGAGGUUUUGUUCGAUAAUUUAGACUACAGUAUAGCAGAAAGUCUUCUUUGUCCAAAUUUUGUAGCUCGAAAUAGUCGUUCUGUUGAUGCCAUGAACCCUGUCAAGUAUCAAGAAUCUUCUGAUAUCAUAGCAUCAGUAGGACCUGAUGACCCUGAGAAGAUGCAUUAUUGCACUGAUUUCAAUUCCGGAAUCUCACAGGAUCAGUCAGUGCAUUUUGGUACUGCCAUUACCUCACAGGAUCAGUCAGCGCAUUUUGGUAGUGCCAUUGCUACUGGGCAUCCAAUAUUAGAUGGCAACUUCUCUACUUCUGGGACCAUGCAGAGGCCCACGAAGAUGGAGCUCCCUUCACUCCAAUAUCACAACUAUGGCUUGAGCAAUAAUGCAUUGCUGUACAGCUGCCCCUUAGGACAUCCUGUUGAACAGGUUGACUCUGUUUUGCAAUCUCCAGCAUCAGGCUCCCUGAGAUCAGAAUCUCUCUCCCCAAAGAACACUGGUUUGCUGGAUGCAUUGGUUCAAGGAGGACAUGGACUAGGGGACCCUACAAAGUCGCAAGGAUCUUUUGAUAUUUGUGCUCCUCAUGUUCAAUUUAAUCAAGUCAUUGAAUCGAAUCUAUUCUUUAUGAGUUCUGCUCCAGUCACUGGUGAUGAUCUUCCAGGGAACAGUAUGGAUGUUUUUGUUGGCAGCCAAUAUAAUACAAGCAAUCUAUUUCUUGAUAGUCCUCCACCCUUGGUGGAUUCCAUUUCCUGGAGGCCUGAUGCAUUACUAGAAAUGUUGCACUCAGAUGAACAACUCGCCAAAGAUAUGCCUGGUGCUUUCCUUCAUAGGGGUCCUUUUGAUGAAGUCAAUCUAUCUGCUGCAGGUCAAGGCUACGAAAACGACCUUGAUUACCAGAAUAGAAUGCCCGGUUUCGGUGACUUCCGUGAUUUUCCAAGUCUAUGACAUGAACAGAGUUUGCUCGUGCCAGGGAUUUUGCUCUCAACGUGCGAUGGAGCCAAGAACAUUUCUUUUUGCAACAAUAAUGUCUUUCUAGGUCGUCUAAUAAGUUUCUGUCUGAAAAACCACGUUUUCAUAUGCUGUUACUUUUUUACCUUUACCCUGGAGGUGUGUCCUAUUUGCUUGGCUCCCCAAGAAACUGUAUUCCUUGAACUAGAAUGUUACCGUUGUUUGUGUAGGCAACUUAUUCCAUUAAUUAAUAUUACAUUGUUAAUUGGAACUAU